AUGUUGGGAACACUGGGGCUUUGGGCCUUGCUUCCUGCAGCUGCACAAGCACCUCCAAACAGGCGGACCUGUGUAUUCUUUGAAGCCCCUGGAGUGCAAGGAAGUGCAAAAAUGCUGGGGGAACUGCUAGAUGAAGGACCAGGGCCCCCCAGGGGUAUCCGCUGCCUCUUUAGCCACUGCUGCUUUGGAAUCUGGAACCUGACCCAAGGCCGGGCACAGGUGGAGAUGCAAGGAUGCCAAGAUAGUGAUGAGGCAGGCUGUGUGUCCUUCCAUUGUGACCCCAGCCCCCGUGCCCAGCCUAGCUCUGGUUCCACUCUCUUCACCUGCUCCUGUGGCACUGAUUUCUGCAAUGCCAACUACAGUCAUCUGCCUCUUCCAGAGAGCCUGGGGGCUGCUGGCCCUGAGGGGCCCCAGGCUGUACCAGGUGAGUCCAUUUGGAUAGCACUGGUGCUGCUGGCGCUGUUCCUCUUGCUGACACUGGGCAGCAUUAUUCUUGUGCUGCUACAGCGAAAAGCCUGCAGAGCGCACGGGAGGCCAGUGCCAGAGCCAGAUUCAGACAGAGACUGGAAUGAGCAGUUGCCAGAGCUGCGGGAGCUGUGCUUUUCCCAGGUAAUCCGGGAAGGAGGUCAUUCAGUGGUGUGGGCUGGGAAGCUCCAAGGUGAAUUGGUAGCCAUCAAGGCCUUCCCCCCAAGGGCUAUGGCCCAGUUCCAAGCUGAGAAAACGGUGUACGAGCUACCAGGUCUCCGACAUGACCACAUUGUGCGCUUCAUCACUGCUGGCCAGGGAGGUCCUGGCUCCCUGUCCUCUGGGCCAUUGCUGGUACUGGAACUGUACCCCAAGGGCUCCUUGUGUCACUACUUGACCCAGCACACAAGUGACUGGGGAAGCUCCCUGCGGAUGGCACGAUCCCUGGCUCAGGGCUUGGCAUUUCUCCAUGAAGAGCGCUGGCAAAAUGGACAGUAUAAACCUGCCAUUGCUCACCGAGAUCUGAGCAGUCAAAAUGUGCUUAUUCGGGACGAUAGGUCAUGUGUCAUUGGAGAUCUGGGCCUUGCCUUGAUGCUCCCUGGCCUCACUCAGCCUCCUGCCUGGGUCCCUACUCAGCCCCGAGGCCCAGCUGCCAUCAUGGAGGCUGGCACCCAGAGGUACAUGGCACCAGAACUCUUGGACAAGACUCUAGACCUACAGGAUUGGGGCACAGCCCUCCGGCAAGCAGAUGUUUACUCUCUGGCUCUGCUUCUGUGGGAGAUUUUGAGCCGCUGCCCAGAUUUGAGGCCUGCAGACCACCACCCUUCCAACUGGCAUAUGAAGCAGAACUGGGCAGUACCCCUGGAACUUGUGAACUCUGGGCCUUGGCAGUAG